AUGAUGAUGGUGGGAGUGAUGGUGAUUAUGAUGAUGGUGGGAGUGAUGGUGAUGAUGAUGAUGAUUGUGGUGAUGAUGAUGAUGGUGGUGGUGAUUGAAGAUAGUGGUGGUGAUGGUGAUUAUGAUGAUGGUGGGAGUGAUGGUGAUUAUGAUGAUGGUGGGAGUGAUGGUGAUGAUGAUGAUGAUUGUGGUGAUGAUGAUGAUGGUGGUGGUGAUUGAAGAUAGUGGUGGUGAUGGUGAUUAUGAUGAUGGUGGGAGUGAUGGUGAUUAUGAUGAUGGUGGGAGUGAUGGUGAUGAUGAUGAUGAUUGUGGUGAUGAUGAUGAUGGUGGUGGUGAUUGAAGAUAGUGGUGGUGAUGGUGAUUAUGAUGAUGGUGGGAGUGAUGAUGAUGAUGAUGAUGAUUGUGGUGAUGAUGAUGGUGGUGGUGAUUGAAGAUAGUGGUGGUGAUGGUGGUUAUGAUGAUAAUGAUGGUGAUGCAUGGUUAAAGUGACAGUGGUUGUAGUGGUAGUAGUGAUGGUAUUGUGGUGAUAAUAUUUUCGUUUAUGAUUUAUUAUAUUUUUACCUUAAUUUUGUUUACAAACAAAUAUUCCUUCUGGUAGAUCUCCUAUGUUGUGGUGCAGUGCUAUUCCCAGUAAUAUGGUAAAGUUACAAGUAACUCGUACAGUACACGUCUGAUUAAUGUAAAUUAGUGCACUGCCAAUGACUUAGUACUACGUUGUUUUGUUUUGUUUUGUCAGGGCUAUCAGACAUCUCAAGGAAGCCUCACAGACUGAUGGAAAAGGUUGGAAAAACUUUUUAUGCGAAACGUUUGUUGUUAAACGUAACGUCUGAUGUUAAAACGACUGCGUAUUUUCUAAGGAAUGAAUCUUGAAUCUUUUUCAUUUUGUGUUUCUACAGCGGCUGUGAAUCUUGCUAAACUCAAAUUAUUCCGACAGUUUUACAUCAUGGUAAGACAAUUUUAUAAAGGAAAAACGACUUGUCCAUUUUAUGAAGCCAAAACUGAAACACUGGGAUUAUAUACCAUACAUAUUUAUCUUUUUCUUUAGAUUGUCUGUUACAUCUACUUUACAAGAAUAAUUGUUCAAAUAGUGAAGGUACUUACCGUAUACCUGUGAGAUUUCUACAAUGUGCUUUCUGAAAUGUUCUCCUAAGUAAUAUUGUAGGCUUUCUAUUAAAUUAUACAGAGCUGCGAUUUGAGAAAGAUACAACCAUCAGCUUAUGUUUUUCUGUAUUGUAUCUCCUUGGGCUGCGAUAAUUGAAGACUUUUAGUUGUACCUGAUUGAUACGCCAAUGGUUGUUGCCGCGUACGUGCGCUAAUACAAACUCAGUACUCAAUGUGUAUUUAGUCAUUAAAAUAGGGUUCAUAAAGUACAGGUUUCUGAAAAGUACGUUCAGACUACGAGGUAGAAAAAGAAGCACGUCAAUUGCAUAUGCAAACAAUCUACUCCAGCGUUUCUUAGUGCCAUCAGUGCAAUCAUGUUUGACGCCAAGACAUCUCAGAUACAUGAUAUAUCAACUAAAUUACGGUAUUGAAUACCUUGGGCUUGGAAAGGUCAAACUGCGUACAGGUUACACUGGCCGUUUUUACUAAGUUAGUAUUUUAAAUAUUUUUAGAUAACAGUUCCAUUUCAAUAUUUGUGGUUGGACGAGGUAAAUUGCUAAUAGUUGAUAUUAAUCAUUGGUUAGAGUUAAUUCAUUUGUUAAGUCCAUUAUUUGAAUAAUUAUGGAUAAAACAAUAAAUAAAGGAAUUUAUAGGAUAAAGAAUCAUUAGAUAGGAAAAUAAAGGAAUUAUAUUCAUCAUAUUAAUUGGUUUGAGUUGAUUCAUUUAUAAAUUCAAUUAUUUGUCCAUUGUGUUUCAGUUUUUCAUGAAUCUGUCAAUGAUGGCCUUGUUUAUCAUGACUGGGUAAGUUCAGCCAUUAAGCGAUCACACUCCGCAUUCACUGCAGCCGAAAGUUCUUACCUUUCUUCAAAUACACUAUUCCUGUUGACUGACGACCCCAUCAGCAUAGCUGUAACCUGCGACCCCAAGAACGCCUGAUCGCAGGUUAGCAGCCAUAGCUGUGGUUAAAUACAUAUGGUGAUUAAAUACAGUAAAUGCCAUUGAUUUAGAUAUAAAUUCCGUCCCGGAUCAGACAAUCCGUAUCUUCAUGUUUCCCAGGACUCUGACGGGGAGGAGAUGGACGAAGUGUAA